AUGGAAAAUAAGAUACAGGCAGCAUCCCUGGUGGACUUGAAAGCAGAGCUAUACAGAAAACAAGAAGAAUUUAAACAACAAAAAUUAAAGGAAAAAGGCUCAAGUUACAUCCGACCAAAAACUUCAGAAAAGAAAAAUGAUAUAUGGAGUAAGAAAAAUACUGGUGUUCUUGAAAGAGCGAAGAGAGAUCUUGAAAAGAAAGUGGAGGAAGAAAAUGCUUUUGAAAAUUCAAGGAAGAAACUUGAGGAAAAAGCCAGAAUGUAUGACAGGAUAACAGAAGGGUCAGAUAUUCCAGAGGAAGAUGGCAGCAAACUCUACUUGGUGGACUUUGAGAAAAAAGUCAUAGAUCAGAUGAUAGAUGUUAGAGAGAAAGACAGAGAAGCAAGGAAGAGGGAGGAAGAAAAUGAAAGGAGAAAACAAGAGGAGGAGAUAUUGUCAAAAGCAGAUAUUCCUCCACCAGCUAACAAGGAGGAAGAAUGGGUGGACUAUACCGAUGCCUUUGGAAGAACUAGAACAUGCAUGCGGAAGGAUUUAAAGGACCUGAGAGAGAAAGACAGGAAAACUUCUGACAAAAGGUUAAAUGAGAUGCCAACACUUUUAUCAGAGGACAUGCGUCGUGAGAUACAAAGACAGAAAUGGGAGGACGAGGCCAAAGCUAACUUGAAUGGUCCCGUCCACUACUCCAAUGUACAGUUUGAUGAGAUCAGAAAUCAUGGCACAGGCUUCUUCCAGUUUUCUAAGACAGAGGAGGAUCGACAAAAGGAGAUGGAAACUUUGGGUGAUAUACGACAACAGACCCUUGAUGAGCGUUCCCGUAGAGAGAGACUGAAGGAAAAGCGAAAGGCAAUGCUGGACGCUCGACUUGCGAAGGUCAAAAAACGUAAACAGCAGAUCGCCGGAAUAAUUAGCACAGAAACUGAAGAAGAUAUCCAGUUAAAGGAGCCAGUCAGUGACCAUAAAGAAAAGACAGCAACAGAAGAACCCAAACUACUGACUCGAGAUGUAAACAUCAACAAAAAUAAACCAGAACGGGAAUGGGACAAAGGAAAGGACAGGUUGUUUCCACAUCCCAGCGCAACAACAGAAGAGAGGUAUUUUGAGGAGAAACGAGGAGAAAGACAGCCGGAAUUUGCUCCACCAUCAUUUUAUUAUUCUGAUACGAAGAAAAAUCCUGCAGUGGCAACACAAAGAUUGAAAACGGGAUCAAAUUAUUCCGUCUUUGAUCAGAAAGAGACCCACACAAAGAAAAAAUGGCCUAUCUCCUCUCAUGACAACAAUGUGACUUGUGAAUUGAUGCCACCUCUGGUUUAUCCUGAUGAAAAUGUAGUAGAAAAGUCAAAUAUACUGUGUCAACCAGACACCUCGCUUGAUAACACUGCCAUACCUCCAUCAAACAGUCAGAAAACAAAACCAAGUCAGUUGUCAAGUAAAACGUUUGGCCCUUGCACAGAUACGGAAAAUAUUGAAGAGUUUUUGAAAAGGGAGCGACAAGAAACUUCAAAAACCCGACAAAGUGAUGAUAGGGUGCCAGGUGUGGAGCCUUGUGGAAGCGUGGCAGUAGAGGAUAUUCCGUUACCAGGGCAACGCAUCAGCAUUGGAAAUACAGACACAAAUGUGACAUUUCCCAGCAAAGUUCAGUCUAAUAGCCUAGACUUUAGUUAUAACCAGGAAAACAUGUCAUCCGGCAGCACUGUGUAUGACUUCUCUACUGAAACCAAGAACAAGUCUGGAUGGUUUCAACAUAAUCCUAUGUCACAGUUUGAUGUAUAUGGACAACCAAACUUAAACCUCCCACCACCAGGUAUGGUGAAUCCUUUUUCAGGAACUUUUUCAGUGCCAGCUGGUACAGAGGGUCAACACUCAUAUACUGUCUCAUCUGCUGAUGUACACACUCCUGGCUAUGUAAACAUCAACACACAGCAAAGUAAACCAGAGGAGACUGCUCCAGUUUACAUAACACCAAACACUGAGGAAACCAAUCCAGUCUACAUACCAAAGUCUAGUAUUGUGGACACCCGUCUGAUCAGAAAUGAAUCUUACAAAGACUACUCAGCUGAUGAAACAAAGGAUGGGGAAACGGGCCCAGCUGAUACAAAUCUACAGUCAGACUGUGAUAUUCCUAACCAACCCUCUAAUAGGAGUGUGUUUUCUAGUGCUCCCGUCAAAUACCCUCAGAGUCAAACUUUCGAGACAACAGAUCAGUGAUACUCCUGGUAAUUGUGUGUCAGUUAUACUUUAUCUUAAGAGUAUAUAUACAGAACUGUUAAUAUUGAUGAUAAGUAUCUAUGGAUAAUUAUCAGGUAAUUCAGUAUACAUAAAGACGGUUGCUUUUUUUGGUCUCCCUCAGAGUUUGAAAAUUUAUUGAACACUCAUAUCCUGGGUUGUAGAAGGAAAAUUACUGAUGAAUAACACUCCAAACAUUUAUACAAUCAUAAAGACAAGGCAACAGACCAAGAAAUAUCUUGUUAAUUUAUAAAUAAAAUUA